CGCGUGCAUGGAUGCCUGCUAAACGGCAACCUGGCGUCAGGGUAACUAAGAACCGGUCUGUUGUCGGGAUAGUUUUUUUUUUAUCUUGGGAAGAUAUCUAUGCCCAACAAACCACCAACCAGCAGUUGAUCGCAGUUCUGUGCCAGAGGUGGGUGUGCGACUUCGAGGGAGAGAAUACUGUGACGUGUGUUUCAUGUCGAUCUUUCUGCUUCAACCGACUCCGUGGUCCAAGAAAGUUAGUCUCGCAAUUCUUAGUUUUACAGCAACCAAAGAUGAGCGACAAGCCGAGCCCCGCCGUUGACCUUCAUACGCACAUUCUACCUCCAACCUGGCCAGACCUGAAGGAGAGAUACGGGUACGGAGGCUUCGUGCAGCUGCAGCCCUGCACGCACGAUGUCUCGAAAGCAAGCAUGAUGAAGGACGGUAAGGUGUUCCGCGUGGUGGACAGUAACUGCUGGAGUGCGGAGGCCAGACUGAAGGACAUGGCGGACACGGGCGUCACGACGCAGGUUCUGUCCACCGUCCCCGUCAUGUUCUCCUACUGGGCCAAGCCUGACCACACCCUCGACCUCUCCAGGUUGCUAAACGACGACAUCGCAGGACACGUGACGAAACAUCCCGACAAGUUCGUGGGUCUAGGCACAGUGCCUAUGCAAGCGCCGGAGUGCGCCGUGGAGGAGCUCAAGCGUCUCAAGGCGGACCUGCACUUUCCCGGCAUCCAGAUAGGCUCGCACGUUAACGACUGGAACCUGGACGCGACGGAGCUGCAUCCUGUUUGGAAAACUUGCGAAGACUUGGGCCUGAGUGUGUUCGUGCACCCGUGGGACAUGGUGAUGGGCGGACGACACAGCAAGUACUGGUUACCGUGGCUGGUAGGGAUGCCGGCCGAGACCGCCACCGCCAUCUGCUGCAUGAUGAUGGGCAACAUCUUCACGCAGUUCCCCAGGCUGAAGGUCUGCUUUGCGCACGGUGGAGGCAGCUUUCCUUACACUGCAGGGCGCAUUCAACACGGCUAUCGAGUGCGCCCUGACCUCUGCGCCACAUCUUGCAGCACCGAACCCAGCGCUCUCCUGGGAUCCUUCUGGUGUGACAGCCUCGUGCACGACCAGCGCGCCCUGGACCUUCUGCUGCAGGUGGUGGGGGAAGACCGAGUGGUGCUGGGUUCAGACUACCCAUUCCCACUGGGGGAACACGUCCCAGGACAGCUGGUGCGCCAGUCGUCCCUCCCUCAAGAUGUCAAGAGCAAAAUACUCUUCACGAACGCCAUGGACUUCCUCGGCCUAGACUCUAGCAUGUACACUUGAGUUAUGCUCUAAAGACGUAAGAGUGACUCUUAUCAAUUAUCGUACGAACUUUCAAAGACUUUUAUAACUCAUCCUUGGUUUCAUUGCAUAAAUAGUCUGUUGCGCAACAAUUCAGGGAAAGUUCAUUUAAAUUUUGCUGUUUUAUUCGUUUAUUCUGAGGUUUUUGGUAAUUUUUUAUAUCGCUCUGUGCAUAGCGAAAUGUUCAGGUGGAAUUUUUUCGCAGCUUAAAUAUCAACAAAUUCGUUAUCUUGAUUCAUCCACUUGGUUGUAGUAAUUUUUUAAGUGAAGUGCUUGUUCCAAAUUUGUUCGAGUCAUCAUCUUUUGGUUUACCUUCAAGGGGAAUAUCUUUCGAGUACCUUUAAUAUAAUGUCAUCAUUUUUCAAACUUUUACGAGCAUUAUAGGUAUGCGUGUGAUAAAGUGAAUAGACAAGGCACUAAACCGGUGACAUGUAGGCGAAUAAUUAGAUUCGAUAAGUAGAUGCUUGAGGGUUUAGUUUAGAUUGAAUGAGGUAGAGGAGGCUUGGUGGAUUUCCAUUUUCAGGAGGAUAUUAGUGAUGGGUUCAUCUAUUUACGUUACAUACGGUUUGGUGAGCAUUUUCUGGGAGGGGAAAAUGUUGUGUUCUCUCUUAAAUAUGAUUUUCUAAUAAAUGUUAAAGAGAU